UUCACCGGCAUUGCGUUGCGUUGCGUUGCGCUCUCUCUACGUUUGAUGUUUGAGAAGAGAGAGAGAAAGAGAAGACCCUAACCCCCAAAUUUACAGCCACAGGGUCCGUUUUGUAGAGAGAGAGAGAGAGAGAAUGUCUCAGAACGGGAAGCUGAUGCCGAAUCUAGACCAACACAGCACGAAGCUUCUCAACCUCACUGUUCUCCAACGAAUCGACCCUUUCGUUGAGGAAAUUCUCAUCACCGCCGCACACGUCACCUUCUACGAGUUUAACAUCGACCUCAGCCAAUGGAGCCGCAAGGACGUUGAAGGAUCUCUAUUCGUUGUUAAGAGGAACACACAACCGCGGUUUCAGUUUAUUGUCAUGAAUCGUCGCAAUACUGAAAAUUUGGUGGAGAAUCUCUUGGGGGAUUUCGAGUAUGAAGUUCAGGUUCCAUAUCUACUGUAUAGAAAUGCUGCUCAAGAAGUGAAUGGUAUCUGGUUCUAUAAUGCGCGUGAGUGUGAAGAGGUUGCGAAUCUUUUUAGCAGGAUCCUUAAUGCUUAUGCCAAGGUGCCUCCAAAGUCAAAGGUGUCUUCUACAAAGAGCGAGUUUGAGGAACUGGAAGCAGUACCAACUAUGGCAGUUAUGGAUGGUCCUCUUGAGCCAUCAUCAUCAACUGCUUCCAAUGUGACUGAUGUUCCUGAUGACCCAUCCUUUGUAAACUUCUUCAGUGCAGCGAUGGCCAUUGGGAAUACUCCAAAUGCUCCAAUUACUGGACAACCUUAUCAGUCUUCUGCUACAAUUUCUUCAUCUUCUGUGCCAACUACUGUUGCUUCACCCACUGUGCCAACCUUGCAGAAACCCUCUCUUUCAGCAUCCACUCCUCUAUUACCCCAGCUUGAUGCUCCUGAAUCCAUCAGCAGCAGCAGCAACCGAGCUACAAAUCUUGUGAAGCCUUCUUCGUUUUUCGUCCCUCCCCCUUCUUCUUCAGCGAUGAUGAUACCCCCUGUGUCUUCAUCCACACCUACUGCACCUCCCCUUCAUCCUGCUGUUAGUGUACAACGCCCAUAUGGUGCUCCACUGCUACAGCCAUUUCCACCUCCCACUCCACCACCUUCACUUACUCCUGCUGCUCCUCUUCCGAACUAUGGUCCAGUUAUUUCUAGAGAAAAGGUCCGAGAUGCUCUUCUGGUGCUUGUUCAGGAUAAUCAAUUCAUUGAUAUGGUCUAUAGAGCGCUGCUGAAUGCUCAUCAAUCGUGACUUUCAGAAGGUGUUUAAUUAUCAAUUCGCUGGAAGAAUUGUUUUUUGGGCUGAUACAUUUACUAUAAUUUUUAGGCCAGGCUUUUAUCAUGUCCUAAACUUUGAAAUGUUUCAGUCAUUUUCCAUUUGCAGAAUUGGUUGUGCGUUGUGAUGACCAUUUUGAUCUCGGUAGUUUCCUGAAUGUCACUGUUAUUUAAACAAAAGACAAAACGGCCAUAUCAACUUCAGUAGUGACAUGACAUGGCAGGAAAUGGUGAGAACUCCGGAUGAAUGGUUAGAGCAACACGGAACUGAUUUCACAAAUUAUAGUAUUUGACUGGAACAAAUCUCCAAAUUAUGGGGGAUGGUAAGGUUUUUAUUGAGCCUUGUUUAUUGUGUAUUUUAUUAAGUUGUUAUGCGUUAAGAUGACUGUUGUGUAUAGCACCAUUGGUCAGUGUUUUAAUGAAAAUGAACUGUGCUGCAUAAUGCAAGUAUAUAAUCA